AUGCGGGCGUUGCGCCGGACCAUCGUGGUGAAGAGGGAGCUGAGCCAGAAGGUGGCAGAGCAGCUGAGACAGGAGAGAGAGCAGCAUGAUAAAGAGCAGUGUGAUAAAGAGCAGCAUAAAGAGCAGUGUGAUAAAGAGCAGCAUAAAGAGCAGUGUGAUAUAGAGCAGCAUAAAGAGCAGUGUGAUAAAGAGCAGCAUAAAGAGCAGUGUGAUAAAGAGCAGCAUAAAGAGCAGUGUGAUAAAGAGCAGUGUGAUAAAGAGCAGCAUAAAGAGCAGUGUGAUAAAGAGCAGCAUAAAGAGCAGUGUGAUAAAGAGCAGCAUAAAGAGCAGUGUGAUAAAGAGCAGCAUAAAGAGCAGUGUGAUAAAGAGCAGCAUAAAGAGCAGUGUGAUAAAGAGCAGUGUGAUAAAGAGCAGCAUAAAGAGCAGUGUGAUAAAGAGCAGCAUAAAGAGCAGUGUGAUAAAGAGCAGUGUGAUAAAGAGCAGCAUAAAGAGCAGUGUGAUAAAGAGCAGUGUGAUAAAGAGCAGCUUAAAGAGCAGUGUGAUAAAGAGCAGCAUAAAGAGCAGUGUGAUAAAGAGCAGUGUGAUAAAGAGCAGCAUAAAGAGCAGUGUGAUAUAGAGCAGUGUGAUAAAGAGCAGCAUAAAGAGCAGUGUGAUAAAGAGCAGUGUGAUAUAGAGCAGUGUGAUAUAGAGCAGUGUGAUAAAGAGCAGCAUAAAGAGCAGUGUGAUAAAGAGCAGUGUGAUAAAGAGCAGUGUGAUAUAGAGCAGUGUGAUAUAGAGCAGUGUGAUAAAGAGCAGCAUAAAGAGCAGUGUGAUAAAGAGCAGUGUGAUAAAGAGCAGUGUGAUAAAGAGCAGCUGAAACAGAGACAGAGCAGUGACCUGGAAAUGGCUCCCAAGGCAGAGAUGUUCCCGAUGAUUGAUGGCAUGGCCCUGCCCCUCCCACCCGGCGAAAAACAGGCUCUUCGGCCCUAG